CGAACGGGUUUUGGCUUUGGUUGGAUACUUUUCAGCGUGAAGUGAGUAAUGUGACGGUGUAACGAACUUGUUUAUAUAUCGUAAACAGAUUUUUCCCUUUCAUUUAAAAGAAUUGUAUGAAUUACGAAUAUACAAUUAUUGUGUAUCCCAAGAUAAUCCUCUAAUGUGCAAUGUUUGUGUUUUUAUAGUGUAUAUUGUACAAAAACAAAAAGCCAGGCGUUUCCAUGGGCGUUAACUUCAGAGUAAUGAAAUUAUAAGACUGAAUUAUGAAUCUUAAGAUUAUACACAUCAUACCAAUACUACUACUCCAAUCAUGCUUAGCCCAGGAUUAUGGUUCACCAACAUACAAUCCUGAUAUUCAGUCGAACCCUACAAAUGACUACAAUACAAAUGACCCGAAAUAUGACAGUACAAACAGAAGAUACUCUAACAGAAAUCAGUUUGAUAUAAACCAGUAUGAUUCCAAUCGUAAUCAGAACAAUGAACAGAGAUACAACCAAUAUGAUACCCGGAAUGAUCCAACAUAUAAUAAAAAUCCAUUCAGUGCUGACAACACACCAAGACCGUCCUGGGAUAACAGUCGUACUUAUAGCACUUCUUUUAAAAGUGCCGAAUUAGAACAUGAAAGUGUUAUCAUCAAUGAAGCCACCUACUUCAUAGUUGCCUCACAAAUGGUUCGGCCAGGCCAAAUAUAUAAAAUAUCAGCUAAUAUACUGAGAGCUCGGCUCCAGAUGACGAUCAGAGCUUCUAUAUCAUGCAAUGGGGUGGAAAUAACAGAUGUUAUUGAUAAAGUAAAAGAAGGAGUGCCCGAAAUUCUUAAUAUGAGAGUACCGGCCACAUCAGUUCCAGGUGAAUACAAAUUACGUGUUGAAGGCUUGUAUUUAGACGAUCCAUUUGGAGGACGCGCAUUUGUAAAUGAAUCAAAAUUGACAUUCUCACAAAGAUUCAUGACAAUAUUUAUACAGAUGGACAAGCCUGUCUAUAUGCAGAGUCAGACAGUACGAUUUCGUGUGAUCCCGAUAAACACAGAGCUGAAGGCGUUUGGACGAGCUAUCGACGUCUUCAUCCUCGAUCCUAACCGACGUAUCAUGAAAAGAUGGCUUUCAAGACAGAGCAAUUUCGGAACGGUGAGCCUGCAGUAUCAGCUGUCGGACCAGCCGCUUUUCGGCGAGUGGACGGUACGGGUGGAGGCGCUGGGACAAGUGGAGGAAACGCAGUUCCUCGUCGAGGAGUACUAUCAGACCAGAUUCGAGGUGAACGUGACGAUGCCGGCGUUCUUCUUCAACACGGAGCAGUACAUCCACGGGCGGGUGAUGGCCAACUACACGUCGGGCGCGCCGGUGCGCGGCAACCUCACGCUGCGCGCCACGCUGCGGCCCAUCCCGCAGUACCGCCCGCUGCACUUCCGCCGCGGACAGUUCAACAACCGCGGGCCCGGCGCGCCGCUCUCCUCCCCGCAGUACACGCAAGUUCGCCCGAACUACAAUCCGUACCUCUACAACGAGUCCGGUCGUUCGCCGUACGAGUACGAGGGCCAGGUGGACGAGUACGGCCGGCCGGUCAACUACCGGCCCGGACAGCCUAAUCAGAUCGAUCAACCGGAUUGGUGGGUCGACCCGCAGAAGGUCACCCAUAGAAUGUUCAAUUUUGAUGAAAAAUAUCCAUUCUGGAUGCCGAGACCUGAACCGAUCGAGCUCGCUCAUCUGAAUAUUCAAAAUAAUCCCCCGUACAACACCCCCACCACAUACAACUACUACAACAACCCUGACUACGAUAAACUGCCGUAUUUUAGAUUUUUCAAUGGCACAUAUAACUUCAAGUACCCAAUGUCUGAGCUAGCUCAGCUGGUGCCCACCCUGGAUGGGGUGGAAGUAAUUAUCACAGCGUCUGUCGGUGAUCCGUUCCUGGACGAGGUGAUCGAGGGUUACAGUAUAGCUAGAAUCUUCAACUCAUCACUGUCGGUCACCUUCCUCGGAGGUGAAUUGCAAGUUUUCAAGCCGGCGAUGCCGUUUGACGUUUAUAUGGCGGUGUCGUACCACGACGGGUCGCGGCUGCCGGCGUGGCAGGCGGCCGGCGUGUCGCUGCACGUGACGGGCACGCUGGAGGGGCGCGGGGGGGCGCUGCAGCCGCGCCGACCCGUGCUGUUGCCCGGACACGACGCCGUGUGGCAUCUGCGGCUCGACCUAUACGAACUGCUCGGUCUGGAGAAGGAUCCCAACUACCGCGAGGUGUUGAACAGCGUGACGGGCAUCCGGCUGAGCGCGACGCUGACGGACGCGCUGGGCGGGCGGGCGGCGGCCGACGUGCGGUUGCUCGCACACGUCAGCCCCGACCACCACCACAUACGCGUCUCUACGUCCACCACAGACGCCAAGGUUGGAGAGUACGUCAUUUUCCACGUGCAGAGUAAUUUUUAUAUGGAGACGUUUAACUACGUGCUUAUGUCGAAAGGCAUCAUCAUAACUAGCGGCCAAGAGGUCAUGCAGGAGGGCGUGCGCACGUUCGCCGUGAGCGUGUCGGCGGAGAUGUCGCCGGUGGCCACGCUGCUGGUGUGGGCGCACCGCCGCCGCGCGCUCGUGCUGGCCGACUCGCUCACCUUCCCCGUCAACGGCGUGUCCACCAACAACUUCACGGUGCACGUCAACAACCGCAAGCAUCGCACGGGCGAGCGCGUCGAGGUGGCCAUCUACGGCGAGCCGGGCGCGUACGUGGGGCUGUCCGGCAUCGACCACGCCUUCUACACCAUGCAGGCCGGGAACGAGCUCACCUACGCUAAGGUGAUAUCUAAGAUGUCUCACUUCGAUGAGGCAACGAACGGCACGUUUGCAUACACUUGGCGCUCGCACUUCGGCGACGCUGAUGAACUCGUGUACUUCCCCUCGCCCAGUUUCGGUAUCGACGCUAACCGCACCUUUGAAUUCGCCGGUUUGAUAGUGAUGAGCGACGUGGCGGUGUGGCGCAGGCCCAGCCUGUGCAACGCGUCCAUGGGCUACGCGGAGUGCCUGGACGGCGCUUGCUACCCGUUCGACAAGCACUGCGACGGGACGCCCGACUGUGCUGACCGGACCGAUGAGGCUAACUGCAAGCACGACGACUCGUUCGAGCUGGCGCACUUCCGCAAGUUCCGCUUCAACCGCAUCCUGCGGCAGUACGAGAACGUGUGGCUGUGGCGCGACGUGAACAUCGGGCCGCACGGGCGCUACGUGUUCACGCUGGACGUGCCGGCCGCGCCCGCGCACUGGACGCUGUCCGCCUUCGCCAUGUCGCCCGGCGCCGGCCUCGGCAUGCUGGCGCGCCCGCUCACCUACGUAGGCAUUUUGCCGUUCUUCAUAAAAGUGGAGGGUCCAGAUCGCUGCAAACAGGGCGAGCAGCUCGGCCUGCGCGUGGCCGUGUUCAACUACCAGCCGCAGAACAUAGAAGCCGUCGUCGUGCUCGCCUCGUCGCCGGACUACAAGUUCGUGCACGUGGAGGAGAACGGAAUUGUGCGGUCGUACAACCCGCGCACGUCGUUCGGCGAGCACCAGUUCUUCGUGUACAUCCUGGCGGGCGACGCGGCCGUGGUGCACGUGCCCGUGGUGGCGGCGCGCCUGGGCCGCGUGCGCGUGGACGUGCUGGCCGCCACGCUGCAGGGCACGCACCGCGCCUCCAAGUACAUCGACGUCGAGGCUGACGGUAUCCCGCAAUAUCGACACCAAUCUAUACUAUUGGAUCUGUCGAAUCGCGCCUACGUAUUCCAGUACAUGCACGUCAAUGUGACAGAGACGCCCAUUAUCCCGUACGAAGUGGACCGAUACUAUGUGUUCGGGUCGAACAAAGCGAGGAUAUCUAUAGUUGGUGACGUGGUGGGACCGCUCUUCCCUACCAUGCCUGUUAACGCGACUAGUCUCCUCGAUCUACCUAUGGAUUCAGCAGAACAGAACAUGUUCAGCUUCGCGGCGAAUAUGUACUUGACACUUUACAUGCGACUCAUCAACCAACGCAACCGCACGCUCGAGCGCGACGCCUUCUACCACAUGAACAUCCUGUAUCAGAGACAGCUUUCCUUCAUGAAGCCAGAUGGCUCCUUCAGCCUGUUUCGUAGCGACUGGAACCAAUCGGCAUCGAGUGUGUGGCUGACUUCUUUCUGCGCUAAAAUAUUCCAAGACGCAUCAUUCAAUGAGUGGGAGAACUUCAUCUAUAUUGAUCCUGAUGUAAUCUCAAUGGCGGUAUCGUGGGUGUUGGAGCACCAGCGGCCCGAGGGAGCCUUCUACGAGGUGACAUGGUUGCCAGAUCGCAACGCCAACAGUACUAUCAACGUGCCGCUCGACUCGCAGCUUUACCGCGAUGCCGGGAAUCAGCUGAAAGGCCUAAAGGUCAACAAUUCGAUAAUACUGCAACGGAACCUUACACUCACCGCUCAAGUAGUUAUCACUCUGGAGUCAGUCAAAAACCUUAAAGACAUAGGUGUGCGAGAGGGGCUGAGCGCACUCGUGUCGACGGCGCAGCAGCGCGGCGUGGCGUGGCUGGAGCGCCACCUGCAGCUGCUGCACGAGUGCGGGGAGCCGCUGGCGCUGGCGCUCGUGGCCUACGCGCUCACCGCCGCCAAGGCGCCCAGCUCCGAGCACGCCUUCCGCCUGCUCAAGCGCCACCAGCGCACCGAGGGUGGACUAGUUUACUGGGGCAAGGAGCCAGUCCCCCAACCGCCAUAUAAGAUGGAGAAUCAGAAACCGUUCCUGUUGCCACGUUUGCCUUACAAGUACGACUCCAACAAUAUUGCAGCUACAGCCUACGCCCUGUUAGCUUGUAUGGACCACCAGGAUAACAAUGAGCCGAUCGUUAUGUGGCUCAAUUCUCAACGACUAAGAGAUGGUGGUUGGGCUUCUACACAGGACACGUACAUAGCUCUCCGUGCACUGAUUGAAUACACGAACCGGAAACGUCUGCGUGACGUGAGCUCGUUGCACGUGAGCGUGGACGCAGUGGCGCUGCACGGAGACACGCGGACGCUUCGCGUGCGUAACGACAACCUCGCCACCAUGCAAACUAUCGAUAUCCCGGAGGCGUGGGGCACGGUGAAGGUGACGGCGCGCGGCGCGGGGUACGCCAUCCUGCAGAUGUCGGUGCAGUACAACGUGGACAUCGAGCGCUUCCAGACCAUGCCGCCCGAACGCUCCUUCUCUCUGCUGGCGCACGCGCACUACCACGGCCGGAACCAGUCGCACAUAGAGUACCAGACGUGUGCCAGUUGGACCUUGACGUCAGAGUCCCCGCGCUCGGGUAUGGCGGUGCUGGAGGUGGGCAUCCCCACGGGGUACAUGGUGCAGCAACAGCGGCUCGACUCGUACGUGCUGUCCCGCGCGGUGCGCACGCUACAGCGCGCCAAGUACCGCCCCGACAAGCUGCUAUUUUACUUUGACUAUUUCGAUCAAGAAACGACCUGCGUGAACUUCACGAUAGAGCGCUGGUACCCCGUCGCUAAUAUGUCGCGUUACCUGCCCAUACGAGUAUAUGACUACUACGCUCCCGAGCGUUUCAACGAGACAAUAUUCGAUGCACUGCCCACAUACCUUCUAAACAUUUGUGAAGUGUGCGGCUCAUCCCAGUGCCCAUACUGCGCCAUCUACAACGCUGCAUCACACAUCUUGGGGAUACCCAUACUGUUACUACUGACACUCGUGAUCUUAGUAAGAAAUGUACGUUUAACUACGUAGCAUUGAUGAAUAUUCGGUUAGUGUCACAAAAAUGUAAUCUAUACAAAUAGAUUUAGAGCAAAAUGUGUACAAAACAAUAUCAACAUAGAGAAAAUGACGAAAAGGAAAUUUUAUAUGAUAUUAUUUCUAUUUUUGAUAUUCUAAACUUAUUGAAUUAUAGCAAUUAAAGUUUAUUAAUCAUUCAAAUUACUUUCAUAUGAGCCGUUGUCGUUUGUUUUGUCUACAUUUUGUGCAACUUCAAAUGAAAUUAUGUGUUUACUAGGCAAUAAUUGAAAAUUAAAAGCUUUAUUUGAACAUCUCAUCGUGAUAAAAAUACUAACUAAUUUUGCGGUUACAUUAUUAUAUUACAAUACGAUUAACGGUUAUUAUAUAGCAAGUAUUUUGAAAACAAAUGUAUGGGGUUGUAUGUAACAAGCCGCGCCGCCUGCCACGUUUAUGUAGAAUGGAAUUCGUGUCAAGAAUCCUUUAGUGAAGAAGUUAAUAAACCGAUUGAAUGCAAGAAGAUACAUUUCCAGAGUAGUUGAAAAAUAUAACAUUUUUCUAGGCUUGAACUGAGCACAUAAAAAUUAAACAUCUCAUAGUAUCGUAAUCAUAUAUAAUACCUGGCUUUCCUUGAUUUGUGUUUGUACUUAAAUGAAAUAGAAAUUGUACUGUUUCAGUAACGAGAAUCAUUUUGCUGUUUCGGAUAUUCGGGUAACAAUGGCUGCUACAGUAGUUCUAAAAAUCACGCGUUGACUAAUGAAUAUUAUGGUCGUAUAACAAUAUCAAAUCGGAAGAGUCUUAUCUAUUGAAGAUAUAUUCAACUUUAAAAUAUUCCGAGAAGAAGUACCAAGUACUUUUAAUAAUUUUAUUAAAGAGAUAUGAUUCAUAUCGAAUGUAUAUUCGAUCAAUGAAAUUUUGACGACACCGAAUAAUGGAAUCUUAAUUUUAAUUAUUAAAGCAAAAUUAGUGUUUUUUGUUAAAGUAAAUAAAUAAAAUUCAUUCAAUGAUCUGAAACUAUUGUUUUGAAAAUUAGCUAUAAUAAAUAUAAAUAUUUGAAGAAUGAAAACGUUCAAUUAAAAUAAAGCUCAAAAGAUCUAUUAGUAUUAGUUAUAAGUUCAUUAUGGCCAAAAUAGACCAUUCAAUUUGAAAGUUGACUUGUCUAUUUAUAAGUUAUCAAUGUCCAAUUGAAAUCACAUCAGUAACAUUGUAUUUUUCAAAAAGUCAUAUGUUAUUAUUUCAUGCAUACAAAACAAUAAUUAUGAAAUUGUCAAUAACCACCGUUUAAUGGGUAUAUUAUUUAUAAUUACUUUAUAGUAAAUGGUAGCUCGUAUUAUAUUUGAAUUUAGAAUUGUUUUGAUAGUUAUCUGCCUAUAAUUUUUAAUCUAUCCCUACUUCUAGUGAUGUUUAACCACUUUCUUUUAUACGCCGUCUCCGUGUUCAUAGAAGAUUUAUUAGAAACUUCUAUGAAGAUAUAUUCCUUAAUCCAUUCCAAUUUAAAUUAGUUAUGUAGUAUAAUGGAGUGUUCACUAAGUUUAUGAUUAUUUGUACGGUCUGUACCAAUAUUAUAACCAUAUUUUGGCAUUUAUAUUAGGUUUUUUUUAAUAAUGACUAAAAUGUAUAGUUUAUGGAGCAAGGUACUGUUAAACCUAUUUAAUAGUUCUUUGAUUUAUAAACAUGAAACCUAAUUACAGUAGAUUUUAUUUUUCAGGGUGUUCAUAUUUUUCUAGAAGAAUGAUUUAUUAUUCACUAUCUUCACUUUAUGUUUGACUUUUCUUAUCUGACAGUACUUUGCUAAAUAAAAUAUAUUGAGUAACGAAAGACAAUAUUCAUAUUAUAUUUAUUUUUCAUUUUGUCUAUUAAUAGAAUCAUAUCUUGUACAUAAAUAUAAUUUUGUGCUAUUAAUUAACAACCAAAUAAUGUACUAAUUCUUAAAAACCUUUAGUCGUUUGUAAUACUUAUUUCUUCAUAUUAUAUACAUAUCACUGAUGAUAAAUCGAUCAUGUCUGACAUAUCACACAGUGCAAAGUUUAAAUAAUAAAACUUCUUUAUAUAAAAUUUAACUUUUAGAAGCUGAGAUUAUUAUAUUUUCACAUAUGUGCAGCUUCUUAUCAAUAUUUUUAUCUUGCAAAUGAAACAAACUAACUGACAAACGAACAUUGUGCAAGUUACAAAAACAGCAUUUAAAUCAAGUUCAAUUGCAUUAAAUGCAGCCUUGCCCUAAAAUGUCUACAAAUCUUUUAUAUAUUUAGGCAAAUGCAAUCAAAUAAUAUGUGUAUAUAUAAUAGAAAUAUAUUUUUCAUCUAGAUUAAGACUAGCUAUUCUGAGUUUUGUAUAUUUUUAGUUAUAUAAAUCGAUUAUUGAAUCACUGCAAAGCUAAAAACAAUGUCAAUCAGAAUGCCUUAUUCGUCAAAGACAAUACAGAAGUGGAUACUUUAAAUAGAAACAUUUUAUAUACUUGUUUAAUGUAUUUUUGCUUAUAAGAAUCUCAUAUAUAUUUAAAGUAUGACAAUUUGGCAAUACAUAAAUUUGUUUGGCCAUCGCCUUUCUUGAAUGUACAAAUUUAAAAUUACCGUCCAGAGUAUAUGAUUAUAAAAACAAAUGUUGUAUUUAUGAAUCUCGUAGACAUUAUAAGUUUCAUUACUUAAUUAGUUUCCGUCCAAAAUUACCAAUGACUGAUUUUUAUUUUUACUUUUCUAUGUAUGUACUUGUGUGUAUCAUAAGUUUUAACCCAACUUAAUUGUAAUUAGUGUAGAAUGAAAAUAUUGUCUCUACAUAGAUUUAUUUCAAUAAAAACCUUCAAAAA